GCCGCCAUGACGUGACCUCGGCGUGUCACGUGACGUGUUCUGGCGCCGGGCCUCAGCGAAGAUGCUGAACUCGGAGGACAGGAGCUCCGAUCCCGGGCUCGAGGAUGCCGCAGCUCCGGGCCCUGGCCCGGCCGGCCCCGACCCAAUGACGUGGUGGUAUCGUUGGCUUUGCCGCAUAGCGGGUGUAAUCGGCGGCAUCUCUUGUGCAGUUGCUGGCCUGUGGAACUGUGUAACAAUUGAUCCCCUCAACAUUGCGGCCGGGGUCUGGAUGGUGCUGAAUGCAUUUGUCCUUUUCCUCUGUGAAGCUCCAUUCUGUUGUCAGUUUAUUGAGUUUGCAAAUGCUGUGUCUGCGAGAGCUGAUAAAGUACGAUAUUGGCAGAAAGCGAUUUUCUACUGCGGGAUGGCGAUUUUCCCGGUAUUCCUGCGGUUUUCAAUCACUACGCUGUUUGGGAAUGCAAUUGCUUUUGCUUCAGGGGUGCUUUAUGGACUUGCAUCACUUGGUAAAAAAGGUGAUGCAGUUUCAUACGCCAGGCUCCAGGACAGGAAAAUGGCCGAUGAGGAAAAACAGUCGGGAACAAUCCGCAGCGAGACAGCAGAACAUUAAAAGGACCGUGACAUGUUUUACAGUGUGCAGCUGCAGGUUGACAAAUUGACUUUAUCUAUAUUUAUAUAUGUUUAAUCUCUCUUAAAAGAGAGAAGUGAACUCUAGAGGGAGCGCUCUCUUUGUUCAAUGUGCAAUUGAUGGUUCAACUGGACAAAAACUGACAGCUCUUUUUAAUGAUGGCGUUUUUUGUACUUUUUCCUCAAUCAUGUGGGUUUGUGUUUGAAGCUGUGGUUAACCCCAUUACUGACUAUAAAUUACUCAGAUUUCAAAGGUUUUUUUGUAUUGUAACUGCAGCAGGUGCAAUUGGAACCACAUUACAUUGAGAGACAGAUGAUUCCAGCAGCAGCUGUGAACUUCACACCGGUGGAGUUUUCACGGUACUACAUCAGUAAUGGGAUUUGGCUCAUGGCUGCAGCUGUACUGCCAGUAUCUUAAAGCACAGUUUAAUAUAGCACUUACUGCUGUUUACAGCUCUUUUAAAUCUGGGUUGGAGGGGGCCUUCAUUAAAAAUUGGUUAUUACACUGGGGGAAGUUGCGCAAUUUAAUCCAGUUCCAUGAAAACCAAAAUACUGCAGAUGCUGGAAAUCUGAAACAAAAACAAAAAUGCUGGGAAACCUCAGCAGAUCUGACCACAUCUGUGGAGAGAGAAACAGAGUUAACGUUUCGAGUCCGUAUGACUCUUGUUCAGAGCUGCUGAGUCUUUCCAGCAUUUUUUGUUUUUAUUAUCCAGUUCCGCUCAUUCAGAAUCUGCCUCAUUUGACAUUCUGACCUGUAGCUACUCAAAUUUAAAUAGGAGGGAAAGGGAAUACAGACACCAGCAAUGUGGAAAUUGUGCAUGAGCCUGAAUUAGCAGCUCAAGCUGAAUCUUUCCCACAGUCAGCAGGGCAUUGAUGAUCCUUCGAUCUUCCCCCGGGAGCAGACACACGCCCUUUUCUACACUCCAGUGCUGUGCUUUCAAUUACACCGAACGGGACUCCUAGAGGAGACUUUAAACACUGGUGGGCAGAUCACUGGGAAUAUCCUCAAGUCCAACCUGAUGUGAAUGAUGAAGUGUUGCACCUCUUUGGUAAAUUUUCCUGUAGAUUUUGAAAGUUGUCUGCAGUGAGUUACAGUGAAGGGUCCAAUGCCCUAUCCACUGACAUAGGGGCAGCAAAUUGAGUACCUCAUUCUUUAAACUGCGUUGCUGUUAUCCAUCGUGGUGUAAACUUUGAUGGGUAAUUUGCUAUGGUCCUCCUGAGUGAGAGGCCAGGACCCAGAGCAGAGAACAGGUAGAGUUUGCCUACACUGCCUCGUCUGUUUAAGGGCUACAAACCUGGUCCCAAUCCCGAACAGCCCAAUGUGGCACCCAAGGGACCUGAACAGUAUGUUUAAAUAUUUUUGAUUAUACAAGGCGCUGAUUGUUAGUGAUUUCAGAGUGAGUAAUGCAGAGGAUCAGAGUAGGUCCCUACUGAACCUAACCCAUGGUCUGGCACAGCCUGAUAACAGACAUCAGCUGGAUUUUCCUUUUGAAUGUGGGUUUAGUGCUGUGAAAUGGACACCCAGAGCAAGUUAAGCUGCUGUUCUGUGGAGCGGGAGCAUUAUAACACUUAGAAACUCCAGGAGGUUUCUCCACUGGUGCUCUUGUCAUAAAUGCACCUGUUAAUCACUUUAUUGAAGUACCUUGGGAUGCUUUCUUAUGUCAUUCACGGUCUGAAUACAUACAAGUUGCUGCUCUUGUAUCAAAUCUACACUUGCCCACUGGUUUGGAAUGAACACACUGAGGAUCAUACCAGUUAGCAAGUCAUCCCAUCUAAUUGAGAUUAAUAAAUUUAGCUUUUAAUCAGGUUGUGACAGGAGUUUUACCAUGUCUAAUGUGACCAAUAUCAUGUGGGGUUAACUCCCCUAAAGAGCCUUGUGCUGUAGAUUGGAUAUGUAUCCAGAGUUAAUUCAUAUAAGACCAUGUACUGUGCGUGCUUUGAAGGUGAAACUCUGUUCCAAGCAGGGUGUUUAGUUGUUUUAUAGUCACGGAAAUUGAGAGAGCUUGUUGAAAUCCCACCAUGCAGUGUAGCACAGGAUUGUAAGGGGUAAGCGUGCUGAAGAAUACUUUCAACAUUCGGUAUCUUUGUCUGCAUGGCAUGUUGUGUUUAUGCAGACGACAAAAACUGGUCAUUGAGCCCCAGCAGUCUGUGUCAGCGUUGCCCCUCCACAUGAGCAAAUAGUUCUCAUAGUUGAAGAGGUCCAUAACCAGGGACCAUAGCUUUUGAGUUAAGAGGUUUAGAAGGGAUUCAAGGGGAAAAUUUUUCAUCCAAAGAGUGGUGGAGAUCUGUAACUCACUGUCUGAAAGGGUGGUAGAGGCAGAACAUCAACACUUAAUACAUCCUUGAAUAUGCACUUGAAGUGCUAUAACCUACAGGGCUAUGAACCGAGAGCUGGAAAAUGGGAUGAGGCUGGAUGACUACUUGUUAGCUAGCACAGACACAAUGGGCUGAAUAGUCUCCAUCUGUGCUGUACGUUUCUAUGAUUUUUAGUGAUUCUCAUUUAUACUCCCUGGUCUUUCUUCCUGUCACCCGCCUUCCCUUCAUUCUCCCCAUCCUCCUCAAUCCAAUUUUGAAUGUUAACACAGUUUCUGUUUCAACCACUAACCCUGAGAGUGAAUUCCACAACCUCACGACACUCUGUGAAGAAGUUUCUCCUGCUUUCUGGUCUAAAGCUAUUAAUGUUUCACCGUGUCAACAGCCUUCAAUGACCGGAACAAACUUGUCUACUCUGUCCCAUCCUUUCGUAAUGUUAAAAACUUUAUUAUGUUGCCCUGUAACCUCGGGGUCUAACGAGAAAUCCCAAUUUCUCGAUUCUAUCUUUAGCAUUUAUGUUUCCACAUACCCAAUAACACCCUGGUGAAUCUGUACUGUACCCUCUUAAAAGCCUCAAUAUCUUUCUGAUAAAGUGAAGCCCAAUACCACACACAGUUCUCUAGCUGAAGCCUUAAGAUUUUAUAUGGACUCGUCAUUACCUCUUGAAUUUUAUAUUCUAUUUAUUCAUUGGCUGCUAAUUUUGCUGCAGUGCCUUUUGUGGUUUUGAGCAGCAGGGUGAACACUAAAACACUGGUGAUGCUGAAACAUCUAAUCUGUGCUGGGAAGUCUGCUGUUUUGAUGUUUAAGAGUUGUGGCUGAUUAGCCCCUGUUGGAUUUUAUCCUUCAGUUUGUGGCUCAACUUUACUGUUCCAAUUACCUGCCACUGGAACUAUCCUAGGAGAACAUGCUCUGUUUUAAACAGAGCCAACAAGAAUGGACUCAGAUUGCUCCUCUCAUGAGUUACUCUGUCUUGGCUGGACAACAGAGAAAGGUACAACUAAUGCCUCUGAGCUAAAUGGGAGAAAGUCACCUGAGGCUCCCAUUCCUGAACACUCUCGAACUGGGGACAGCUGUGAUUUCCACUGCUCUCUCAGCGGUAUUGCAAUGUCCUGUCGAUACUCAGUCCCGAGGUUCUCAUGGGAAGUGGACAUUGGGCUGAGGGACCAGUUCAGUGCUUGUACAACCUGAGAGCCAGUGUGGUGGGGCAAAGAUUGGCCGAAAGAGGCAAAAUAAUAGAGGGAUCUCUGUGGAUUGUGCUGAGUGACCCUGGCAACACUUUUUUUGACUUUUGUGUUCCUCACUUAUCAAAAGAUCAAUCUUUGCAGCUGCUGAUAAAUUAUUUCGUAUUUCUAAAGGUUUAAUAUCCUAAGCUAGUCAUUGUUUAUAUAUAGCAAGUCUAAUUUAAAUAGAAUGUGUACUUUAUAAAAUGUGUCUGUCUAAAUGGAGCAUAGAUACUGCAACUUGCCAAGAAGUUUGGUUUGUGUGCCUGUUCCCUGAACUGGAGUGUUUGAGGUGUUCAAACAGGUGUGUCUGAGGGUGGGUUGCUCAAUGACAUGGGGGUGACAAGUUGCAGUGUCUGACCCUUGUAGUAAGGUGUAGUGUUCAGUCUAGGAGUGGUAGUGGUCGUUAAGGGCAUUAACCUUUAAAUCUCUUUGGUGGAGUACAGUCUGGGGAUAUUGGCAUUGUGAAACAAGUGGCUCAGUCACUGAUAUAUUGUUCGAUGAAAUCCUCUAGAGCUGCAAUCAUUCCAUCAGUUUCUCCACAGGAUUUGUACUGGAAAAUCAUCUUGAUGGGUUUCCUCUGCACUGCUGGAGAGGUGGGAGCAGCUCUGGGAUAUUUCCUCUGCUGCAGUUAUGUAUCGAGCAGUAACCGGGAGGAGAGUUCUGAGCUAGGGUGGGGAGUUGCUCAGUCUCAGUGCAGAGGCCUACUUCAUUUUUGCACUUUGUCAGUGAAAUUAUUAAAGUGUCUGUUUUUGUAGAAGCUCCAAUUUAUGACCAUUUACUGUGAAAUAAAAAGGGUUUUACUCUGCC